GCGCUCGGGCCCGCCGACAGCAUGGCCGGCCUCGAGCACGGCCAGCCGUUGGCGCAGCUGCUGGGGCGGCUCGGGCCUCGCGCCCCGGCGCCGGGAGCAGGCCCGCCGGGGGCAGGUGGCGGCGGCGGCGCCUUCGGGCGCGCCGCGGUGCCCAGCUACCGCAGCGGCGCCUUUGGGCGAGCGGGGGCGGCGGCGCCGCUGCAGCCGCUCACCGCCGUGCCCAGCGUCCGGUCCGCGCCGCCGCCGGCCACCUCGUCGAGGAAGCAGGCGGCGGCGGCCUCGCAGAGGACGGCCUGGGGCUCGGCCGCGGAGGUGGCGUCCCUGGCGGACGCCUUCGACAACCCCGUGGUGGACCCGCAGACCGCCACGAGGGCCAGGCUGGAGGAGGCCCUGGACGGCUUCCUUGCCGACGUCCCCUCCUGGCGCGGGGGCCAGCGGGACGCGGGACGCUCCGUGCUAG